AUGAUUGCCACAGCCGCCGACACCCGGCCCCGCCGCAUCGCCGCCCUUUCGCUUGCCGCCAUCGCCCUCACCUGUUUCGCCGCCGUCUACCACGCCGGCGUGCUUCCUCAACCCGACGAGUUUGGCCGCCAGAAGGACGCCGCCACCUUUCAGGGCGAGGAGAGCUGCAAGUCACGCAGCGGGCCCAUCCACUCUUUCAUCAACUCCGCGGUCGACAAAGUCGUCGCCAGGGUGCCCGGCUCCAAGAUCUCCGACCUGCCCGUGGAAGCAAACAUCAACGUCGGACCCGUCAAGGUCACCAUCUCCGAGCUCAAGAUCGAGGCGCUGUCGGUCGAGUCGGUCGACUACGACUCGUGCGGCGGCUUGCGGAACGGGCUCAAGGUCCACCUCACCGGCAUCGACCUCGGCGUCGGGCUGCACUACGACGAGCCCGGCAAGUGGGGCCGCGGCGCCGCCAGCGGCGACGCGCGCACCGCCGUCACGGGCACCAUCGACCUCACCAUCUCUGAGCUCUCCGAGGUGACGGAGCGGGCGAGCGCGCCGCCGACGUCUCGAAGCUUCCGCUUCCGAUCGGCAGAUCCCCGCUUCGGCCCGCUCGGCUGUGAGACGAAGAGAGGCAAGAUCCUGUGCUACGGCCCGUCGGGCAUCCCAGGCGCCGCGUACCCAUAUCUUUCCAUAUCCCCCCCAUAUCUCCCCAUAUCUCGGGCAUCCCAGGCGACCGGGUACCUCCCGAUAUCUCCCCAUAUCUCCCCAUAUCUCCCCAUAUCGCGGAUUCACAGCCGCGUGGACUGCGGACCCGCAGGCGGCCGUAUGGCCCACGUCGAGAUCUCCGGCGCGGAGGGCUCCAAGCUCGAGGGCAAGGGCGGCUCUUUCGAGGGGCUGGUCGCGAUGCUCAACAGUGCGCUCGCGGCGCUCCAGGACAAGAAGCCAAAGAUCCUCGGCUGA